CCGCCCUCCUUGUGUCGCAGGUGCCAGAGUUACGUGGUAGGGCGCGUAGAGAGCGCCUCUCCCAGGCUGCACAGCAGACUCCGCACUCUCUUGGUGAAAAACGCUUCUGUAAGGCAGAUUGUGGACAAUUACAAAGCCUCUCUGCAGGCGAUUCUGACCAGGGAGAACCAGGAUCGACUUCUGGCCACGGUACUUGCUCCAGAACAGCCAAGAUCUCGUAAAGUCUCCGUCACGCUAAACGGCUCAACUGCCCACCCCCGGCUCCUGUGCCACAGGUCCAAUUUAUGUUGGGCCAUCAAAUACCAGGAAUUCCCGGAUGUGCCAGAGAGGUUCGACCAGGAAUUCUGCGUCCUGGGCUGUGAAGGAUUCACCACAGGAUGGUGCUGCUGGGAAGUGUCCGUGCACGAGCUAGACGGGGUCCCGGAUGUCAAACCUAGUGCACCGCAGCUGCCAUUUCUGUGGGGGGGCAAAGCACGCUGGGCCAUCGGGGUGGCCAAGGAGUCCAUCCGCAGGAAGGGGACCUUCCCGCUGAGCCCCCAGGAGGGCAUCUGGGCCGUGGGGAGGAGUGUUAAGGGGGAGAUGAUCGCUUUUGACACAUAUCAGCAGAAGCUGAGCUUGCAAAGGCCGCUGCAGAGGCUGCGGGUGAGGCUGGACUGCGAGGCCAGACAAGUGGAGUUCCUGGAUGCGGAGACGGAGGCUUUGCUCCACACCUGCUGGGUUGGGCUCGCCCUUGGGCAGACGCUCCGGCCUUUUUUCUACCUGGGCCAGGAUAGGGUCACCUUUUCAAUGUGAGGAAUGUCCACGUCCUGUACAAGAUCUUCGGGGCGACCUCCAUAUCCUUUUGCCGUCCUCAGUCCAGGCUGGUUGGGGGCUGCCAAGAGCUUCGUGGCUCCGACUGACCAAGAGGUGAUGGGGCUCCGACCCAGUGAUGCCUCCUGGCCCAGCUGAGUCCACUUGGUCCCUUGUUUGGGCAAGACCCUCCUGCCAGGUGCUGCAUCCUUGUUGUGCGUUAACAUGACAUUGCUCAACCUGGGCUCCCGGGAGAUGUGCGGACUUCAACUCCCAGCAUUCCCAGCCAGCAGAGUUACCUGGGGAAUUCAGGUGUUGGAAGGCCCUGCCUCCUCCAGGUGCUGCCAAGGUUGGGCAUCCCUGCCUGACUCUGUGGCUCACAGUUUAGAUGAGAGAGAGACAUUUAAAGGGCCUUUAUAAUCAGUAAAAAUGAUACCUUAAUACCUGCAUGCGAUUCUACAUUUAUGUUACUCUGAACUUAUUAAAAA